AUGGCGUCGUUAACCACUGUCAGACUGUUGUCGAGGAGCACCGGGUGCAUCAGGGGAAUCAAUGCAACGGGAAUUAGAGCACGGAGCCAGGCACUCCUGGCCUCUGCUAAUGGAUCCAGACUCAUUCACAGCAAUUUCAGAGAGUCCAAGACGCUCCUUACAUCCACCAAUGUUCAGGCAAUAACAGUAAGAAACGAAGAAACUUGGCCGCCCAAGAAGAAAUUAACUACCAAUGAAAUCGAGGAGAGGGUUUUGAAAAUAGUGGCAGCAUACGACAAGAUAUCUACCGAUAAGCUAUCACUGGACUCGCAUUUCAUGAAUGAUCUGGGUCUUGACUCCCUGGAUCAUGUGGAGGUCAUCAUGGCCAUAGAGGAUGACUUUGGAUUCGAGAUACCCGACAUGGAUGCUGAGAAACUCAUGAAACCAGGGGAUAUUGUACGCUACAUUGCUGAUAAGGAAGACAUCUAUGAGUAGAAAUUAAUUUUCAAUAAAUUUUCUUUUUUUCAUAAAUAACCAAAUAUAAAAAGAAUGCUUUGAUCUUAGUGCGGUAUCAUCUCAACUGGAUUCCUUUUUCUUCUGUACAUAGAAUAAAUAAAGCGUACGUGUCGUUAGAAUUAUA